AUGUCCGUCAUUCUGAGGCCUGUUCCGGUUGCUCUCAUUGGACUCGGAGGAGUGGGUCGUGCUAUUCUCACCCAACUUUUAUCGCCACCAUUGUCGUCUCGAUUCCAGCUCAUACUCAUCGCCAACUCUCGGCUGUCUCUCUCUUUACCUCUUCCUGCAUCACCAAUCACCCCAAACAACUACUUGCCGAUACUCGAAGCUCACGGUACACAGCUCGAUAUUCCCUCCGUCAUUUCAGUCCUUUCAACCCAUCCAGACGCUCCUGGUAUCUUGAUAGACGCAACAGGCUCUGAUGUCGUCCCUGCUCUCUAUUCUCAAAUCUUGUCGAUGGGCGUUCACUUAGUCACACCCAACAAAAAGGGCUUCUCGGGCUCCUUAGAGCUCUACAGCCGCAUUCAAAGUGCAAGCUUUCCGCACGGAAAUGCCUUGGUUUACGGCGAGAGUACAGUUGGCGCUGGACUUCCGAUCCUGUCGACACUCAAAGAUCUGAUUGCUACUGGAGAUGAAGUGGAGAAGAUUGAGGGAGUCUUUUCUGGGACUUUAAGCUACAUCUUUAACGAAUUCAGCAAGGUUGGAGGGGGAGACGUCAAGUUUUCGGAGGUCGUCAAAAUCGCAAAGGACAAGGGUUACACUGAGCCCGAUCCUCGUGAUGAUUUGUCGGGCACGGAUGUGGCUCGAAAACUCACCAUACUGUCCCGACUGAUCCCGUCGUCUGCUCCAUUACCCGAAGGCUAUGCCUCUGUCCCGACUCAGUCGCUUGUACCAGACGUGUUGGCGGACGCAAGCUCAAAGGAAGACUAUCUCUCCCGUCUGGAAGAAGGCGAUGCGUACUUCUCGAACUUGAGGGAGGAAGCCGCGAAAGAAGGCAAGGUCGUGCGUUAUGUCGGAGUCAUCGAUUUGAAGGCUGGCAAAGUCGAAGCCAAGCUGGAGAGGUAUCCUCAUGACCAUGCUUUCGCUACUGCUUUGCAGGGAUCUGACAACAUCAUCUCAUUCCACACCAAGCGAUACUCUCCCAGACCCCUAAUUAUCCAAGGCGCUGGCGCUGGUGCCGACGUGACUGCCAUGGGAUGUACUUCUGAUCUGGUCAAAAUACACGAACGAAUUGCUCGCCGAAUCUGA